UACAAAUGAUAGUGUUGCUACUAUUUCCUUUUUCUUGCAGUUUGUGACUGAAGACUGAAGAUCUGAUGAAACAAAGAUCUAAGGCAGCUUAGGGGCAAGCUCUAUAAAUCAGUGAGGAUGAGACUACAGAUCAUGGAACUUCACAUUUCCACAAAGGGGAUAUUUCUGCUGGCUGCUCUUCAAGGUUGGUUCCCAGGAUCAGAGUGUCAGGAUUAUUACGCUUACCUCCCACAGUACAUGAAAGCACUGAAGGGAUCCUGUGUGGAGAUCCCCUGCACAUUCAAUAUGGAGACUACAGACUUCCAACUGGUUUGGUACAGGGAUGAAAUUGGAUUUGACCCAGAAAUCUUCAAUAAUAAAAACCCAUCCAAAAUAAAUGAAGCAUUCAGAGAUAGAACUUUCCUGGUAGGGAAUAAGUCAAACAGCUGCUCCUUGAGGAUUGAUGAUGUGAGACACAGUGAAACGUAUUAUCCGUGUAUAAAUGGGAAUAUAAACUGUGAUCAGUACAAAGGAUAUAAAAAAGUCCUUGUUCACAUCUCAGAUACCCCAGAUAAGCCAGUACUAAAGUUGCCCACCAAUCUGACUGAAGAUAAACCUGCCCGUAUCACCUGCUCUGUACAACACACCUGUACCCACAAUCCCCCUGUACUUGAAUGGAACAAAGUCGGCUUUAAUAAAACGGACUGGAGAGAAGAACUUGAGGAAGGAGUUUGGAGAUUUGUACAUGAAAUGGUUUAUAUCCCAACCUAUCAGGAUCAUGGCUCUCCCAUUAUUUGCAAAGCUAAUUACAGAACAGGACAAGUCUCAGAAGAAACAGUCACCUUAGAUAUUACAUUUUAUGCCAAAGUGGGAGGAAGUCAAAACAUCAGAGAAGGCAAUGUCCUGGAACUUGAAUGUCUCUUCUUACUGACCAACUUGUCAUCAACCCAGUACAGCUGGUACAAGAAUGGAAUCCCCUUGAACAACAAGACACAAAGGACACUGAGUAUAUAUGAUGUUAAGGAAUCUCAUUCUGGGAAUUACAGCUGUAAAGUGCACAAACAGGAUGGAAAUUUCUCCUCUCUAUCACUUACUGUUACAGUCACACCACCAUAUGCCAGAGAGGAGCUGCCGAUGAUACUUGGAGGCAUAGCGGGUGUUAUAUUGAUUAUGCUAAUAGGCCUUGUUCUGUAUAUCUUUGCUAGGUCAAGAAAAUUACAGAAAACUACUUCUGGAAAAAGAAGUGUAGAGUCAGUUGUCCAGGAACACAUUAAUCCAGUGUAUGGGAAUAUAGAGCCAGAGAGCAAUUACUGCAACUUUACAGUUAAUGAAGAUAAUCCCAGGAAUGACACAGAGAGAAUCUAUUUCAGUCAAAUUGAGAGACAAGAUGUGUAUGCACAACCCAAUAAGAAACGAGGCACUGUCCAAUACACUUCAAUCAAACAUGUGCCAAGAACUCAAGCUGCUGAAGAGAUGAAACAUGAAGAAAUACAGUAUGCCAGUAUACAGCAUUAGCCUUUUUGGUUUAGAACAGUUUUAUUUAACCUGUAAAGUGUUGUGUUCAUUUGUUGCUUUUUCUUUUAACUUCGUCCAUUCAUUUGUUACUGAGUUAUAUUUCUAGGAAACACUAUGGGGCAAAUUCACUAAGCGCCGAAUGCUAGCAUUACUUCGCUAGCGUUUGUCAUUUUCGUUA